AUGGCGUCUCAAAUUCACUUUCUCGAUAUAAAAGGGAAGCCUCUUCUCUCAAGAGACUAUAAAGGCGACAUCCCAUCCAAUGCCAUCGAGACGUUCCCGCUCCUUCUCUUGGAAUUGGAGAACCAAGAGGAUGAAGCGUUAUAUAGACCUUACAUCAACAGCAACGGAAUCAACUACAUCUACAUUAAUCACAACAACUUGUAUGUGUGUGCGUUGACUCGAAAAAAUGAGAAUGUCAUGGCCAUCGUGGUGUUUCUCUCCAAAUUGGUCGAGGUGCUAACCCAAUAUUUCAAGAGCUUAGAGGAGGAAUCUAUAAGGGACAAUUUUGUCAUCACCUACGAGUUGUUGGACGAGAUGAUGGACUUUGGUGUGCCACAGACCACCGACACAAAGAUCUUGAAGGAAUAUAUCACCCAGGAUUACUACAAGUUGAUCAGAAACACCCCAUCCAGACUUGUCCAGCCUCCUAAUGCCGUCACCAACGCCGUCAGCUGGAGAAAGGAGGGCAUAACAUACAAGAAAAACGAGGCGUUCUUGGAUGUGGUGGAGUCCAUUAACAUGUUGAUCAAUGCCAAUGGACAGGUGUUGAAUAGCGAGAUCUUAGGAGAAAUUAAAAUGAAGUCCAAGUUGAGUGGUAUGCCUGAUCUUCGCUUGGGCCUCAACGAUAAAGGAAUCUUCACCAGCAGCAUCGACGACGACACAGCCUCAGAGUCGGCACUGGGCUCCAAGAAAAUCGAGAUGGAGGAUAUCAAGUUCCAUCAGUGUGUGAGGUUGUCCAAGUUCGAGAAUGAGCGCAUCAUUACCUUCAUCCCACCCGAUGGCGAGUUUACUGUGAUGUCAUACCGGUUGCUGUCUGCACAAUUCUUGAUGAAACCUCUUAUUUUGAUCAAUUGCAAGACUGUGGUCCACAAGCACUCUCGUAUCGAGAUUUUAUGUUCAGCUCGUGCUCAGAUCAAGAAGAAAUCCACUGCCAACAAUGUGGAAGUCAUUAUUCCUAUCCCAGAGGAUGCAGAUACCCCUAAAUUCACAACUGAGUAUGGAAGUGUCAAGUGGAUUCCAGAGAAGUCCUGUUUGAUCUGGAAGUUGAAGACGUUCCAAGGAGGUAAACAAUUCCACAUGAAGGCAGAGUUGGGCUUGCCCGCAGUGAUUGACAAAGAGGAUAUGGUGCUGAAGAAACCCAUCAAGGUCAAUUUCUCCAUUCCAUACUUCACCACAUCGGGCAUUCAGGUUCGUUACUUGAGAAUCAAUGAGCCCAAGCUACAGUACCAGUCGUAUCCAUGGGUGCGCUACAUUACUCAGUCUGGAGACGACUACACGGUGAGAACCAAGUAG